UCAAAGUAUAAAGGAGCUAUGCUUUGUUUAAAAGAAACACAAAAAUAUAUUUUAAUUUUAAUGUUUUUUCUUAUAAUAAUAUUACCUUCAAAAAUUGAUGCUGACGAAAAGAAUAUCAAUAGACUUUUAAACAACCAAGCCGUUGUUAGUCGCCAAAUUAUGUGUAUUCUUGAAAAAAGCCCGUGUGACCAAUUGGGACGACAACUUAAAGCUGCUCUACCUGAGGUUAUAACAAGAAAAUGUCGCAAUUGCUCUCCCCAACAAGCUCAAAGUGCACAAAAACUGACAUCGUUCUUGCAAGCUCGCUAUCCAGACGUUUGGGCAAUGCUUUUGAAAAAAUAUCAGAAUGUCUAAACUUGUUGCAUGAGUUUAAUUGUUAUUGUAAGAACGCUCAGAAUACAUAACUCGAAAUUUGCAAGCUUAGUUAAGUGAUUAUAUUAUUUUAUUGUAAGUAUUCUUACUGUAAUAAGUAAAAUAUACGCCUCAAAUGCCGUUUUAAGCAAAGCACACACCAUGCUGUUAAUCAUUUAGCAAAUGCCUGUUCUUGUCAUCAUUAAAUCUUAAGCCGUACAGAUAAAUUUAUUCAUGCUACUACGUUUGCUGCUGCUGCGGAGCUUAUGUUAGUUUAAUUUUAAUUAGUUUAGUUAAAUAUAAAAAAAAAAUAAAUAAAGAAAGCAUGUUCGAAAAUGCUUUUCUUGCUUAACAGCUCGAUAAAAGGCUAGACAUAUAUUAUUAUAAUAAAUGCCCAAUUUUGCCCAUCGAACCCUUAUUUGUCAAAUCUAUGCCAUGCUAAAUUCAAGACCACUCUGUGCAACUACAAAGAGUUUAAGCGACUUGGCGGUACUUACGCCUGGCAGACCUUUUGGAAGAAUUGAAGCAUCACUUACCG